UCAAGGGACUCUGUUUCCUCACAUUUCACCCCAUCAGGACACCUAUGAAACAACAGCUUCUGCAGCUGAUUGGAUGAGCGGAGACAGAGAAUGUAUUUAAAUAGAGCCCUGUCUAUCUAGGUCUACUACAUCCCCACUGGGUCUCCUUACACUGCUGGAGACGCAGCGUCACUUCUCCACAAACAAAGUUUUCACUGACUUGAGUCGUUGCGUUCUUCCGUCAUGAAAAGGGUGAUCUUGGUCUUGUGCAUCAUUGCACUAUCUUCCUGUUUUCCACUCUCUGAUGAGCGGAACAGACGAGUCAAGCGCUCAGACGAGAGCGACGAGUCGAGCCAAGGCUACAGAGGGGGAUACAGAGGGGGCUACAGGCGACCGUACAUGCAGCAGCCUCGGGUCCAGCAGCCCGUCUUCCCCCCUUUCCCUCCCUUCCGAGGCUUCCCCAUGGCGUUCCCUCCCCCUCCUGCCUUGCCCUUCCAGCCCCCCGGGUUCCUCCCUGGCGCUGGGGUCCCCCCUGGUGCUGGGUUCCCCCCUGGUGCUGGGGUCCCCCCUGGCCUCGGGGUCCCCAUCCCCUUCGGAAAAUAAGAUCAGCCAACUGUCCAUCGGCCGACGUCAUCGUGACUUAUUAAUCAACUGCUAAUUGUUAAAAAUCAAACCGAAUAGUAAUUGUGAA